UGACACCAACACUGCUGCUACCCACACCCCCAACCCCCUGGAAGCUUUGCCGUGGGUUUGAAGUGGGUUUUGUGUACUCCAGCCAUACGUAGGGUCAGAAGCACUGAACUUGUGAUUCAGAUCACCAGCAUUGAGCGUCACCUCGUCUCUGUUUGGUAUUUAUAGGUCGAUCCUCUCAGGAUUGCAACAAAAACCCGUCAUGCCUCUGGGAACACCUGCCCAACUAAACAAGCGGAAAAAGCUCUCCAAGAUCAUAACCGACUUAUCACAUAUCACUCAGGAUGAGUUUGAGUCGGAGCCGGAGGCGUCUGAGUUCGACCUGGGAACGAAGAUCCGGACCCCCAAAGACAUCAUGCUGGAGGAGCUUUCCCUGAUGAAGAACAAAGGCUCCAAGAUGUUCAGGAGGAGGCAGAAGAGAGUGGAGAGGUUCAUCCACGAGAACAACCCGGACAUCUUCUGCAGUGAGUCUAUGGACAACCUCCAGAAGUUUGUUCCCUCUCUGGGAGGUCAGAUUGGAGGAGGUGACGUGAUAAACGUCGGUGGGCAUUUCGUCAGCAAACAGGUUGGACUGCAGACUUUCGGAGGGAUGAGUGGUGGGGGAGGGGCCCCUGUGCCGCCUCCCAAGCCUGGUGCACGAGCAGGAGAAGCAGGAGGAGCAGGAGGUGCAGGAGGACUGGGUGGGGGCGACCAUGGAAAAGGGGGACAAGGAGAAGGAGCGAGUGACUGGUCCCCACUGAAAGGUGGAAACAGUGAUGCAUCAUCUCAGAAGCUGCUCCUAUUGAAGACGUACAAGUCGCCAUGGGAGAAGGCCAUGAAGGGGGAUGAAAUUCUGAUCGCCACUAUGAAAACAGGAAUGCCCGGUCCCAUUGAAAAAACAGAUGCGCUUAAGUACAAAAGCUUCAACAGGUCCGCCAUGCCCUUCGGCGGCUUCGACAAGGCCAACCAAUUCAUGAAAUUCCAGAUGCCAGAACAUGAAGCCAAACAGGAGCCAAAGGCUACAGCGGUGUACCAACACGACAUCGACUGCCGGCCCUCCUUCAACCGCACUCCCAUUGGCUGGAUGGGCAAUGGAGAGAUCGGCACCAUUGACAUGGAGACCGACGCCGUGGCCUUCGACGGAGAGACCGACGAGCUGUGAAAAAGUCAUUUGUGAUGUCAUGACACGCACUGUGCACAGCACGCAUGCAUGAGCGUACGCGCAGAGGAACCCUGGGCAUGUUCUUAUGUUGCUCUGUAUUCAGUUGUAAGGCGAGGAAACAAGCUGUAGAUGUGGAAGGGUGGGCGGGGAGGACACGUUUAGUUCAAGAGAUGAGCCUCAACACUCAGAAAAGUUUUUGCUUUAGGUGAGAAGUUGCAGAUUUUGUCAAUGAGAAGAGAAUGAAUCCAGAAUGAAGGAUAGAGUUAUGCUAUGUUACUGUUGUGCACACUGUCUUGUCAAGUUGUUACCACAUUUAUUUCCCGGUGGCUUUUCUUGCUGUUUAUAUUAGUUGUUUAUUUGUUGAGUGAAAAAGAACAACGGCGGACCUGUAUAAUUCUCGAUGCAUGCACAGUCAGUUACUGAUCCAUUAGCUGACUGUGAAAACAGUCUCUCAACUAUGAACACUUUCAAACUGUAACAGCCCUCUUGUUAAGUGAUUAAAAUGUCAUGGGAAGUCA